UAAUCUUAACAUAUAUUGUCACUGUUUAAAACAAGCUCAUUUCAUUCAUUUAAAAGUAAUUAGAAAAAAAUAUGUACAAUUUAAUUACCACAUAUACUGUCCUGUCUGCGCAUGUGCAUACACAAGCAGCCCGCCACUUUUCCCUCCAUUUUCCAUUCGGAAGGACCAUCACCUGACUGCCUGCGUAGCUCUUCUGUCGUGAGGUGAACGUUCUCCACGGCUCUCCGUUUUAACUUCACCUGGCUUGUAUACUGGCCAUUCCUAGCCUACUGUGUUCCUGACCGGCUGUUUUGCUAUCUGAUGUUGGUGUGAUGGGGAACAGAACCUUACUCACAAUACUCCAUAUUGAUGAGAUACACGCUGAAUUCCAGCGCAUAACAACUAUCCCACUUGAAACAGCCUUCAUGGCGGAGUUGGACAGCCAUCUACCUCAGCUGACAUCUGUCUUCCAGAAGAAGGGAGGAGUUGUUGGCCAGAAACUAGCCAAACAUCUGGCGAUCUUGCAAAAGGUAAAUGCAACAAGUGAUGUUAACCUUAAAAGGGAAGCAAUCCUCAAGGCACUUUGCAUCCACCUUGGUGAGGAUGAUGGACAUCUCAUUCGGGAGUAUAUGGACAUCGAAGGAGAUGACGUCACCAGAGACCUGCAGAAAUCUACCAUGGGCAUAUAUGUCAUCAACAAGGAGGGUGGAGAACCUGGACAUUAUGACGACGUUGGGAUUUUUGUUGAAGGACUAAUUAUUCUGGACAACAUUGGAUCUGUAGCCCGAGCUUGUGCCAUCAUGCUGGGAGUCAUCUAUACACUGAACAUGGCUUACCCCAAAGAGCUAAGGUACUACUAUGAAUUCAUUCAGAAAGUGCUCUUGCAAAUGGAUGGUGAAAGGCUUUCCCCCAAAGUCCUUGGACUGAAGAACAAGAUACAUGCUGGACUGUAGGAUUUCUUCAGCCGCUCUUGUGAACCGAUGCCAUUAAAGCAUUACAAAAACACCAGUCAAACCUCAAAGGUUGGGAGAAGAAUGUGGAAAUCUCGAUGGACUUGGAAGACAUUUGUUUCAUGUAUUAGAGGAAGGUUACAUCCUCCUCAGCUGUUUAAGUCACAUGCUUCAUGUUAUGUCAGGAUUUAUUCACUAUGUCUGUUUCCACUGCACUUUGUUGCUGUCAUGGCCUCCACCUCUGCCAGUCAGUGGCCGUUUCUCAAUGUCGAGUAAACCUGCUGC